AGUGUGCCUUCCUGGCACAACCUGCCUGGCAGGCGGAGCCGAGUCGCCCGCAGCUAUGGCGGGUGCUGGGCUCCGAGCCGCGGCAUGUUUCGAGAUAAUGUGGCUUUCGGUCCUGCUCCGCGCUAGCGCGCUGGAUGACGCCUUCGUGCGCCAGGACCUUGAUGUGAACUAUGUGGCCGAGAUGCUUGACAAGCUGCAGGCCUCAGUGAAGCAGCAGAGCUUCGUGUCGCACGAGCACUUCCAGGGCGAGCUGCGGCGCUUGCGGGGCGCCAUCUCUCAGGCGGCCGAUUCCGCCAACCUGAAGCUCUUAGAAGACACGCUCGAGCAGACGGAACGAGAAAAGAUGGAGGCAGAGGCGGCGAAUUUGGAAGCGAUGCAGUACUACCACACGGUGCGCGCCGCCUUUGGAUCCCAAGGGGGUGCCCCGAGCUGCGACUUCUUGACCUGCGGGCGCCACGCGGUGUGCAGGUCGAGCAAGAGCCAGAGGGCCUUCUGCGAAUGCGAGCCGUGCUUCAGCGGAGAUGGCUUCACCUGUCGACCUUCCAAGUGCACCGCUGAGACCUUCUAUUCCUCUCAGCCGGUGGUGCCCUGGUCGCGGUCCGGGUUGAAGCCGGACCCCGUGAGCGCCGCUGCGGUCAGCAUUGCGCUGCUGGGUGAAGGCAGUGUAGCAGUGGCCAUCCAAGAUGAGCUGCGUGGCGGCCAGGGGUUUUUGUCCGUGGGCCACGUGAAAUCCAGGGAGGUGGUCUGGGGAGAGUGGCAGCUCUUCUCCCCGGACUCUGCGGCCUUUCAGCCCACGCUGGUGAGCUUGGGUGAGCGGCUUCUCAUCUCCUACCGAGACGCGGAAGAGGAAGGCAAAGGCUACUUGGUGAGCGGUCACCCGGACGGGGAGGAUCUCACGAACUUCAAGGUGGCGCUGAGUAGACCGUACUUGCUGGCGAAGAAGCUCCGCCAGAAGGUGACGCUGGUGCCCUUGUCGGGCAGCCGCGUCGCCUGCCUCUUUGGCGGCGAGAUGGGCGACAGCCAGACCCAGGCACCAGGCCGCGCGGUCCUGGUUCGGGCGCUGGACGGCAUCAGUCUGCUGGGGAGGUACCACUUCGGAGCAAAGGCACCCAUCUCGGAGGUGGCGGCGACCAAGCUUACGGAGGAUUCCUUCGUGGUAGCCUACCGCCAGCUGCCUCCCAGCGACCAAGAGCUUGGGGCCACCUCCAAGGAACUGUCCGCCACCUGGAUGAAGGUUUCCGCGGACGACCUGCUGGUGGUGAGCGGGCACCAUCUCGCCCUGGAGCCGGAGCGUGCCGGGAUGCUCCACCGGGACCUGGCCUUGGUCUCCCAGAACCUCUUCGCCUACUCCUACUACUCCGGGGCCGAGAAGAAGACCAAGAUGUCCCUCAUUCAGCUGGACCCGUCCUCGCACCGGAUGUCUCCCUUAGGGGAGCCGACCGUCCUGGCGGUGGGAUACAACUCCUUCGUGGGCGCCGUGUCUCUGCCCUCGGGAAGUCAAGUGCCCAGCACCUUCACCUACCUGCAGCCGGUGGGCAAAAGCAGCGCCGCCAAGGUCUGCGGCGUGAGCGCCGCCCAGCGGGUCUCCGGGUGCAAGGACCUGCACUGGGCAGAGGCAACCGGAGGACGCACCGGACCGGUCCAGCGAUCCAACCUGGGUAAUGGGCGGAGCUGCAGGCGGCGCAAGCAGUGAAGCUGCAAGACGGGCGCCUGCUCUUCGCGCUGGUGCAGAAGGGCGGUACUGUGCAGAGCCGGCUGCUCUCUGCCGGAGAAGCCUCUGCGCUGGACAUCAACAUGGCGGUGGUCUGAUCUCACCCGCAAACCGGCAGAAAAUG